CGCGCCCUCCAGGGCCCGCCCCGCCCUCCGCCCUCCGCCCUCUGCGUGCGCGCCGCCUAGAGCCCGCCUCCGUUAAAGACAGCCGGCGCAUGCGGCUGGGCUCGUUCGCUGGCUGCCAGGGUCUCCGCGCGCGUCGCCUCUUAGCUCUGUUGCGGACCGAAGGAUCUGGAGCCGGUCUCAGGUCAAAAAGUAAAAUGAAGUACAUUCUGGUUACUGGUGGUGUUAUAUCAGGAAUUGGAAAAGGAAUCAUCGCCAGCAGUGUAGGCACAAUACUGAAGUCAUGUGGUUUACAUGUAACUUCAAUUAAAAUUGACCCCUACAUUAACAUAGAUGCUGGAACAUUUUCUCCUUAUGAGCAUGGUGAGGUUUUUGUGCUGGAUGAUGGUGGGGAAGUAGACCUUGACCUGGGUAACUAUGAGCGGUUCCUUGACAUCCGCCUCACCAAGGAUAAUAAUCUCACCACUGGAAAGAUAUACCAGUAUGUCAUAAACAAGGAACGCAAAGGAGAUUACCUGGGUAAAACUGUCCAAGUUGUCCCUCACAUCACAGAUGCCAUCCAGGAGUGGGUGAUGAGGCAGGCAUUGAUACCUGUGGACGAAGAUGGCCUAGAGCCUCAAGUGUGUGUUAUUGAGCUCGGUGGAACUGUGGGAGAUAUAGAAAGCAUGCCCUUUAUUGAGGCCUUCCGCCAGUUCCAGUUCAAGGUCAAGAAGGAGAACUUUUGUAAUAUCCACGUCAGUCUUGUUCCUCAGCCAAGUUCAACAGGGGAACAGAAGACUAAACCCACCCAGAAUAGUGUCCGAGAACUUAGAGGGCUUGGGCUUUCCCCAGACCUGGUUGUGUGCAGGUGCUCAAAUCCUCUUGACACAUCAGUGAAAGAGAAAAUAUCCAUGUUCUGUCAUGUUGAACCUGAGCAAGUGAUCUGUGUCCAUGAUGUCUCAUCUAUUUACCGAGUCCCCUUAUUGUUAGAGGAGCAAGGGGUCGUAGAUUAUUUUCUUCGAAGACUGGACCUUCCUAUUGAGAGGCAGCCACGAAAAAUGCUGAUGAAGUGGAAAGAGAUGGCCGACAGGUAUGACCGCUUGCUGGAGACCUGCUCUAUUGCCCUUGUUGGUAAAUACACCAAGUUCUCAGACUCCUAUGCCUCUGUCAUUAAAGCUCUGGAGCAUUCUGCACUGGCCAUCAACCACAAAUUGGAAAUCAAGUACAUAGAUUCCACGGACUUGGAGCCGAGCACCUCCCAGGAAGAGCCUGUGCGCUACCAUGAAGCUUGGCAGAAGCUAUGCAGUGCUCAUGGAGUGCUGGUUCCAGGAGGAUUUGGUGUUCGAGGAACAGAAGGAAAAAUCCAAGCAAUUGCCUGGGCUCGGAAACAGAAAAAGCCUUUUUUGGGUGUGUGCUUAGGAAUGCAGUUGGCAGUGGUUGAAUUCUCAAGAAAUGUGCUGGGAUGGCAAGAUGCUAAUUCUACAGAGUUUGACCCUAAGACCAGCCAUCCUGUGGUCAUAGACAUGCCAGAACACAAUCCUGGGCAGAUGGGUGGAACCAUGAGGCUGGGCAAGAGGAGAACCCUGUUCCAGACCAAAAACUCCAUCAUGAGGAAACUCUAUGGAGAUCCAGACUACUUGGAAGAGAGACAUCGCCAUAGAUUUGAGGUAAAUCCAGUCUUGAAAAACUGUUUGGAAGAGCAAGGCUUGAAGUUUGUUGGCCAAGAUGUUGAAGGAGAGAGAAUGGAAAUUGUGGAGUUGGAAGAUCAUCCAUUUUUUGUUGGGGUUCAGUACCACCCUGAGUUCCUGUCUAGACCUAUCAAGCCCUCUCCACCCUACUUUGGCCUCCUCUUGGCCUCCGUGGGGCGGCUCCCGCAUUACCUCCAGAAAGGCUGCCGGCUCUCGCCCAGGGACACCUAUAGUGACAGAAGUGGAAGUAGUUCUCCUGACUCUGAAAUCACUGAAUUGAAGUUUCCAUCAAUAAAUCAUGACUGAUCUUACAAUGGAUGAUUCUUCAAGAGAGCCUUCAAACUUUGGUAGAGUUUACAGCUUUGAUUUUUUUUACUAAGCUUUUUGACACUUCUUUUAAAUUAUGUUUUUAUUAAGAUUAUUUUAUUAUAGGGAAAGGUAUUUGGGAAAUUUUGUCACUUUGCAUGCCCCAUCACAUGUACUGGCUCCUGCGUGGUACCCUGCCUGUUGUAUGACACCCUCCUUUGCAGUUCUUGAGUUUCUGAGAUGAGAAGCAGAAUGUCUGAUGGGAACUGAGGGUAGCCAGGGCUGGUAGAGCACCUGGCGAUCACAGUGCUUCUCAACUACCUCGCAUCAUUGUGGAUUUGAGUGUGUUACCCAUGGCUUUCCCUCAGAUGCUUAGACCAUUAUAAAGUGUGCCAUGGGGACUCACUGAGCACAGAAAGAUAAUUUUAGCUAGUACUUGCAGUGCUUGGUGCUGGGGACCCGAGAGCGCUGCCUGCCACUAAGAGCAGUGAAGUGAGGCCAGAGACAGAAUCUCAGUAUUGCCCUAAGUUGUGGGGACUCUCAAUGCCAACUUUUGGCUGGUCCUCAUCAUCCAAAUGGACGGUCAGUUUGGUGUCACGCACAAUAGGAAGAAGUUUGACCCUCCGUAGUGUGAUUUUAAAAUCGCCCUGCCUCUGGCUGUGCUUCUAUUCCUGGGGCUAGGAAAUACUCCUUGCAUCAAGGGGUCACUUGAAACAGGACAAAGAAUCUUUUGGUAAAACUGCCUCUUAGCACCCUCUCACAUAUAGACAGCUUUGACUCCAGGGUGGUACUUUUUUUUCCAGGAUGGUGUUACUGCAGUUGAAAUGCAAUAUGAAUGAAAAACUAUUUUCUUAAUGCGACGUUAACAAUAGGCACAGCUAUGUGUGUCUACUAUAUUCUGGCUGGACUUCAUGUAUACUCUAACUUAAGAAAUAAAUAAUGUGGAACAAGAGA